AAUUGAGAUACUCGCACAGUUGAACAGUUUUGCGUUAAGCUUCGGCGGUGUCGCUUCGUGUUGCUGUCGCUGCCGACGUCGGCAGAAACGACGCGUGGCGCGAGUGAAAAUGAAAACAGUUGUAAUUGACACAAAAGUAUUAAUUAAAACGCACAGUCAACAAAUUUAUGCAGUCAAUCAAUUAGUUUAUAAGCCAAGUCUAUGCACAAGUAUUUAAUAAUUAAAGAAAAUAACUAAAGAGGCCAAAAAAGAGUUGGCAAGUAAAGAGAGAGAGAGCGUGCGUGUCUCCGUGGGUUGGGGGAGGGUGGCUUUUGGCUUGGAUCGAUAGCUAGAAUGCAACCGUGCCAAAAGUGAAAAAAAUAAGACAAAGAGAGCGAAAAGAGCGUGAAGAGAGAGAGCGAGAGUGUGUCCUGAAAGUGGAGCAACAACUCGGGUCAGGACUAAAGUGCAAAAGGGAAGGAAUCAUAGGUUUCUUAGCCAAAUAAAAUAUAUAUAGACUUUAAUUUCAAUCAAAGCAAAUAAAUAAAUAAAUAUUAAGUGAGAUAAAUGAAAUGAAUUGUUAAUUGUAAAUUUCAAUAAAAAAAUGGAUGCCAAACAAACAAUGACAACGCCCAGCGGUAAACGCACAACGGCCGCUUCAGUGUUCAAAUCUCAUCAUCAUGUUGCACGCAAUGCGGAUGUUGUUGAUGUUGCAAGCGAUGCGUCGCUUUAUUGUGGCAACGAAACUGAAAACGAAACACUUGCAACACAACAACAACAACAACCACAACCAACGCCACGUGCUGCGCCGCGUGCUGCGGCCAAUCCGCCUGUCAAUCCGCCAACACCAAAGCCCCGUCAGGCUGUCAAGUCAACAUCAUCCAAAGUGCUUCCAAAUUCAACAAAUUCAACGUUGUCGCGCUCCAGGCAGCGGCUCAUCAAAGUGGAUUUCUCAAAGUUGCAGGACGACGAGCAUUUCUUUGAUGAAUCCAGCAUAAGCAGCGCUGCUUCCACCGCUGCUGCUGCGGCGCAUCUCGCCGAGCUGCAUCGAUACUCACAGCCCAAGAUGCCGCCAUAUCCCAUCGGGGGCUAUAUGCUGGGCAGCCAGGCGAGACACGAUCCACAGGCAACCCUGAUACGACCGAGACGCACAACAACAACAAAAACAUAUACGCCCCGAACAACAAACUUGACGAAACAAUUUUGCAAUCGCUGCCUAAAAAUAUGCAACACUUUUUAUUGCUGGGCAGAGGAAACGCUGCAGUCGCCGUCGCAGCCACCGCCGCCGCACGCGCCGCAGCAGCAGCAAAAGCAACAACAUGCACAAGCUUUUAGACAGGACGAAUAUCACAAAUUCUGCGAUAAUGCCUUGGAAUCUUAUGACCUUGCCACACAAUGCGAGUCGCGGCGUGCCUCCUCGAGACGCCACACCAUUGUGGGAUGCCAGAGCAACCUGGAUGAGGCACAAUCGAUGCCACCAACGCGUCCCGAGUCGCGUCAAUCGGAUGACGUCAGCAGUGUCUCCACCAAGGAGCAAAUGAAGCGUACUCCCGAGUCGCUACAUCCGUGUGGAGCUGGAACUGGAUCUGGAGCUGGAGCUGGAACUGGAAGUGAAGCUGCGUCGUCGCAUUCAACAUCCUCGCUUGGCCCAUGGAACAAGUCCUUUAUGGACAAACAGACCUGGAUGGAACGUGGUGAUGAUCGACUGUCCGUCACGCUGGCCGAGAUCGUUCACAUACGUUCCGUCAUGACCAAAGCGGAACUGGAGGGCCUGCCCAUGGAUGUGCGCGUCAAGGAGGAUGUUGAAAAGCGUCGUGUCUGCUUUCUCUGCCUGCGCACGCGUUUCUCCUUCUUCGGUCCCUGGGGCAUCCAGUGUAAGCUCUGUCAGCGCACAGUGUGCGCCAAGUGUUACACCAAAAUGCGCAUUCCCUCGGAGCAUUUUCGCAAUGUGCCCCUGGUGUUGAUCUCACCCUCGCUGCUGUCCAGUCCGGCCAGCUCGAGCACGCCAUCGCCAUCGCAUCAUCACGCCCAUCACAUGCACUCCUCGUCCACGGGCAACAUCAUGGACGAUCAGUUCCCCAAGUCCCUCAUCGAGCGUCUACUGCGUUCCGAGUCAGAGCGUAAGACUCGCAGCACUGUGGGCAGUGCACCAUCAUCGCCCAAACACCAAAGAUCAAACAUGAGCACGCCGGGCAUUAGUGUGGGACCAGGCUCAGCUGCCGCCGCUGCAGCUGCAGCUGCUGCUGCCACUGGCCAAGCUGUGGAGGCGCUACACGAUCAGGCAUCCAUGUCCGCCUCCUACUCAGCGGCCAUGCGUCCUGCCGGCGUUCAGAAGCAGCUGCAUUACAACAACGCCAUGUCCCGCAGCAUGGAAGGACCACGCAGUCUUCCCGUCAACAGUCCAGCACAUCGACCACUUUCCAACAGCAGCACACUGGAGCGCAAGUAAAUCCGCUUCUCGCGCGGCUUUGCGUUGUUCUCUUCGGGCAGCCACUUGGCACAACAGACGCCACAGGAUCAGAAGGAGAAUCUGCGUGGGGAACAGGUGACGGUCUGCAAUGAUUCAGGACUGGUCAAUGAGAUUACCAGUUCUGUGAAGCAGAAACGCAGCUCCGCCCGUAAUCGGACGAUACAGAAUCUCACGUUGGAUUUGACGCCCGUCUGGAAAUAAAAAGAUGGACGCCAACUGGCCAACUAUAUGGAAAUACUAUUAAAACUAAACAAUAAAACUAUAUAAUUAUUAUAAUGCAUAUAUACUAAAUGGACUGUUGUAUACAUAGGUUAAAGACAGAGCUGAAGAGAGAGAGAGGAGAGUAGGGGAAAGAUAAAGAUAUAUAGAAAGCAAGAUUCGUUAGUCUAGUG